AGAGUCUGUUAUUGUGGACACAUCAAUUACAAGAAAGACUUGCAAAUACUGUAGUAGUAUAUCCACCUAAUAAAACUCCACUUAUUUCGCGCCAAGAACCUGAAGAAUAUACUCUUUCUAAUUUAUGUUUUAAGCCAAACGGUGGAAGCCGUUGUCUGAUUAAUUCCCCUAUUGAAUUUUGGAAUUACGAUGCUGAUUUACUUAUGAACGAUGAUAGUAUUUCAAAAACUCUUUCAAAGGCAGAUAAACUUUCUUCAUUUAAAAUACCAAUUCCUCUGGAUUCGGUUUUUGGAAAUCCUGUUUAUGAUAAAGUGACUGGAAGGAUUAUAGGUGCAGAUUCUAUCAUUUUAACUUAUUUUUUAGAAGAUAUGGGUAAUUGUGCCGAAGGUCAAACUUUAGCUAUAUGGGAUUUGCUUUUGAAGCAUGUAAUGGAUGCAAAUGAUACUUGUCAUAUUGGUGGUGAACGUAUAAAGGCUUUUGAUAUAGAUUUUAAAGAAGCGUCAAAUCAUAUCGUAUUUAUUUUUAAUCGUCAUAAGGGAUUUUCGGCAGAAUCUAUCCUCCUUGCUCUAGAAUAUAUUAUUGCGUUCCUAUAUAUAUCACUUUCCCCUGGACGACUUAAUUCUGUAAAGUCAAAAUUUGGGUUGACAUCAUCAAUUGUGGCCCAAAUAAUUGCUUCUUUGGUCGUUUCACUCAGUGUUUGUUCUCUUUUUGGUGUCACUUUGACACUUGGAUCUUGGAAAUUGUUGCCCUUUGUACUUGUAAUUAUCGGUGUUGAAAACUUAUUUAUUUUAACUAAUGCAGUUACUUCAACUUCAAUGGAAUUAGAUGUUAAAGAACGAGUUGGAAAAGGACUUGAAAAAGUUGGAGUUUCAAUAACAAAAAACCUUUUUACCCGUCUUUUCGUUUUAUUUAUUAUCUCAACAACAAUAGAUUUAGUUCAAGAAUUUUGUAUUUUCACUUCUGUGGCGAUAAUAAUUGAUUACCUGCUUCAAAUGUCAUUUUUCAUCACUACAUUGUCUAUAGAUCUUCGAAGAUUAGAGAUUUCUGAUUUGUAUAAUCGACGAGUUGGCAUACCAUUGAAUCCUAAAAAAACUCUUAAUAAUCAUAACCCCAAAUUGAUCAAUGGAGUAAAAAUUGGAACAAAUUUUUCCAAUAAUGUUAGCAAUGGGAGUUUGUUUAUUUACUUGAUGAUUGCUAUUUCAAUUACGACAUUUAUGUACCAAGCAAGCGGAGAUUUUUCAAGCCUUUUACCAUCGUUUAAGAGCGCUUUUAGUGAUUCACUUGCGAAUAAAAAUACUGUCGACAAAAUUUCUAUCACAAAUACUUUUUAUGAAACCUCAACCGCCACUGAUGCUGAGGCUUUCUGGAAUGUUGUAAACCCGAAAAAGACGAAUCAAUAUUUUGAAAUAAGACAUCCAAGGAAACUCACACUUUUGUGGACACUAGACCAGAAAAAUAAUCUAACAGAGUCGACGAAAUCAUCAGAACCAUUCCCAUUUUUAUUGGAAAUAGCUGGAACGAAAUUAUCCGUUAGAUCCAUAAUUAAAAAUGCUGUCUUGUAUUUAAAAAUUAUUAUAAUUCCUGCAUUUGUAAUUAUUUUUGCAAUUUCAUAUUUGGUGAGCUUCUUGGUACCUUCGGACCAAAUCGGUAAGGGUACAGCAUCUAGAAAUGAUAAUGAAAAUAAGAUUUCUUUGCCAGCUCCUUCCUCUAGAAACUCCUCAUUUAUGACCACACCUAGAGUUGUUACAUUACGCGGACGUCAUUCUGCUGAUGUUAGCUUACUUUGCGCCAAUCCUAAUGGUAUGAUUAUUACUACUGCCAAAGAUAAGCAUAUUACUUCAUGGGAUGGUAGACGAGGAGUUUCACUGAAAAAACUAGAGAGAUACAUGCGUAAAUGUGAUUCAUGUAAAUGUGGCAUCACUGGAGGAAUGAAGAAAUGUAUAUCAUGGCCUGUCAGAGCUAUGUGUAUGAGUGAGAAGAUCGAAUUGGCUGCUGCGGGAUUUGAAGACGGUGUUGUAAGAGUUUGGGAUAUUGAUUCUGGACAAGCUACAUUUAUUUUAAAGGACACCGUUGAAGACGUAGAAUCGGUUGUGUCCUCAGUGAAUGUAUAUACAGCGAAAGAACGUGUCACUUGUUUACAAUUCGUUGUUCCAACUUCUUCCUCUUCAAUACCACAGACACCAACUUAUGAAAAAGGAUGUAUGAAUUUCUCGGUCAAACCAGCAUCAACACAGCAAGCUCCAUCUAUGCUUCUUGCAACUUAUCGCAAUGGUUAUUUUCGAGAAUGGGAUUUAGUUUCGGGUCGGAUUGUUCAUACUAUAGCUACUAAUCAAAAAGGUGGCAUUAGUUAUCUUUGUGUUGUAGACGAUGGUGAGUUGGAUUAUAACCAGGAUGAUUUAUGUGCUUUCACGGGUGCACGUGAUGGAUCGGUUAAAUGUUGGAUUCGAACGAGUUAUUAUUCCGAAAAUGAAUCUUCUACUGACCUUAAUGGACUUCGUAAGAGUAGAUGGAAGUCAACUUACACGAUACCCGGUGAAACAGGAAAUGCUAUUACUUGUAUAGCUGCCAAGGUAGUAAAAACUGAGAACAGUACCUACGGGAUUGUUAUUACAGGUACAGCAGAUGGAGGUAUAAGAGUAUAUGAUUAUUUUACUGGUAAACCUAUAAAUUCAUUAAGUCGAGGUACGAUAUUUAGUCAAAAGGAAAAGGAACAAUUAUUAUUACAAAGAAAAUUGUUAAUUCGGCAACAGAAAUUAAAUUAUAGUAAAAGGUCAUUUUCAGGUUCAUAUGAUUGUGAUUCUGACGAUUAUGAAGAUGAAGAAACAGAUGAUUACGAUGAUGAUUUUGAUGAUGAUGAACUAUCGCAUCAAGAUGCAAUUACAAAUAUAAUAAUUAAUUUACUUAAACAGGAAAGUUGCUAUUGCGGUAAUACAGAAUAUGGAGGUUUUUCAAUAGUUACUUCUUCGGUAGAUGAAAAAGUACACGUAUGGCAAUUAGUAAGGAAUGUUAUGGAUUGUUCCUGUGUUGCAUUACGGAAUAAUUCAAAAAAUGGACCUGCUGGACGUCUUCAACAAAAAGAUGUAGCUAAAUGGGAUGGUGUUAUAUCCUAUUUUCCUAAAUUUAUUGGAAGAGUUAGUCAGCCUGGAGGAUCAGCAAUUGUAUUUAUAAAGGAAAAUAUAGUUGGCGUAAGAAAAGCUAAACAUCUCUCAGGGUCGAAACAUGUUCCUAGGUGUCAUGGAGCAGAAGGAGAAUGGGAAAUGUGGAUGUUGGAAAUUAAUGAUCCAAAAGUAAUUGAUUCUGCACAAGAUGAUCAAGAAAAGUCUGAUGAUGAAAGUUAUGUAGUCGAAUUAUCAGUACAGACUAUUCCUUUAGUUAAUGAAGCAGAUUUACUUACUGAGGAACAGUUAAAAAAGAAAAAAGUGGCUCUUCAAGUAGUUAAGAAACAAAGAGAUAAAGAAAGUGCGGGAGAAUUAAAAGGAUUUGUUAGGAGGAGAAGAAAUAUACUAACUAAUAAUAGCAAUAAUGUUGUAGGAUCAAAUUUUGGACCUACAUUCCCAAUGUCGUCGUUACCUUCGAAUAUACAUAACCAUAAUCAUUCGCAUAUUGAUCAUCAUCAUGAAGAAGAUAUACAAGGUCAAGUAGUUGAUUAUCGACAAAGCAGUCAAAGAAGACGUAGUGCAUUACAUCGAGUAUAUCCAGAUGAAAGACAAUUAUCACUAUUAGAUGAAGAAAAUGAAACGAACGAAUUUUUACCCUUUGCUCAUGUUAAACAAGUAGUUAAAAUUGGUGAAGAUGGUGUAGCAGUUGCGUAUGGUAAUUUUGUUAAAGUAGUUUUAUUUGAACAUUCGGACAAUUACGAAAUUGUUGAUGGUGAUUUAGACAUUUAAAAAUUUCAAAAAUAAUAAGAAAAAAAGAGGGGGUUAAUAUUUAAUUAAAUUUCGCAUUUCAACUUUUGUAAAUAAAAUCAGAGAAAAUAUAUUAUAUAUUAUAUGUAAUUUUAUUUUAAAUCAUUCGUUUAUAAAUAAAUAAAAUUGUGAACAACUAUUAUUUUAUGUAAUAAAAUGUCUUUAACUUUUAAAUUUUGCAAUAUUGUAGUUCUAUCACUAUACAUACAAAAUAGCUAUAUAGACUAUAUACCAGAU